ACAUCAUAUAUGUCUAAAUUAAGCGUGCGCUCCAGGGGAUCGAGCGCAGAUCAUAUUUUGACCAGGAUACGGACCAAACUCUCCAGGGUAUAUAAGGAGGGCGAGUUCGCGUUUAUAGUUCCUCACUUCUCUUUCUCCCACUUCCACAACCAUCCUCUUCACUCAAUUUAAACUCGCUCUUCACCAUGUCCAGCUCCAUCUCCAACAUGAUGUCCGGUGACUCCAGCAAGGCCAACGGCCAGUACCAGUCUACCAAGGGCACCGUGAAGGAGACGAUCGGUAACGCCGUUGGAUCCGACUCCAUGUCUCGCGAUGGCAAGAAGGAGCACGCCGAGGGCGAAGCAGAGACCACCGCCGCCAAAGUCCAAGGCUACGCCAAGGCCACCGCCGACCGCGUGAUGGGAUACGGUCAGUCCGUUAUGGGCUCGGUGACCGGCAACUCCAGCGACGAGAUGGCUGGUAACGUCAAGAACGAGAAGGCCAAGGCGGAGCAGGAGAUGAACAAGUAAUCGUGUUGUUUUGAAGUUUGUCGGAUACUACACUUGUGUUAAUAUCCUUUCGUAUGUCUGUAAUAUUAUAAAUAAUAAUUUAUACGGAAAUCGCGCGCGAUGUAAGCCAUUGUGUAACUACACCUU